AUGCCACCAUCUACCGUCUUCUCGUAUUGGCGCCGAGACCAUCGACGUUGGUCCGCGUCGCCUGCUUCGAUCCCCGCGCCCUCACCUACCAAAGGGGCGAAUGGAAGCCCGAUUAGCAGCCCUCCCCAGCUCCCACAGAUUCCGGAUACACCGACGCUCACUACUACCUUUGACGGUUACUCCUCGCCCGAUGGCCCCCACUCGAACGACUCGCCGUUGGACAUCGAUACCUCUAAGCUCAACAUCAGCUCAUCGGUCGCGCCGCUAUCUUCCUCGAUCACUCUUGCUGUCCCCUCGCCGGCAUUUGAAAAAGAAAGUCGUCCUCAUUCCAGCCCCGGCGACUGCGGGGAAGAACAAUUUACAUCCCAGUCGAAUAAUUCACAACUGUCUGUGACGGGUCGACGGUCCGAUCAAGGAGACACAGACCCGAAUUUCAAAUCAAGCUCGCCCUUUCGACGUUCGUUUGGCAAGCAGAAACGAUCGCCAACUGCGGCAACAGGAUCAGGUCAUUUCCGGUUCAGAACCUCACCGGACGAGUCGCCGGCGGAUAAACAAACAAUGCCACAGAAGGACUUCAAGAUGGAUGGUAGCACAAAUGUCCGGCGCUCCGGAGAUCGUGAUGUGUCCGUAGAACCGACACAUCACAAAUCGGGCAAGGCGAUGCUCCAUCUCUUGAAUCCGAUGUCCCUUCUUGCGCGCAGGCGCUCCUCGCAGGUGGUUAGCUCCCGGGCAGAAGAUGUCAAAAUCAAGAACCGGAAUGUUCCUGCUAUGCCAGAUGACUAUGACCCCAGGAUUCGUGGAAAGAUUGUCCAUGACUUCUCGGCGCCCCGGCCUCGCCGCAAUCUUUCGGCUACCCAGCGGGAUACAGUUGUGAAUGGGCAGGAUACUUCACCACCGCAAAUACCCAGUCAACCGCGUGCAGCAACUUGGAAUGACCAGGCAAAACGGCACAGUGAUCAUUCGCCUGUUUUCAAGGAACAUUUUGAGGACCAGAAUGUUCUACAGGUGGAAAACAAGGGUUAUCUUCAGUCUUCACUAUUAACAGGCCAAUCACAGCCUGGCUAUGAUAGCUCAUUACCGGUCUUUGCGCGGAACUUGCCUCCUCAUCUACCAGAAAGAACUACAGAUCUUUCGGAGCAGCUUGAGCCUGAGGCGGAGGAGCCUCCCCCAAGCCCACCCAAAGCAAUCUCCCAUGCUCAUCCUCAGCACCCUCAAGACCAAGAUACCAUUCCCAAUGUACCCUUCAAUCCCUCGGCCUUGCCAAGACAUCUCAAGAGCAAUGCCUCUCGAUUCAGCUUCGAUAUGAGCGGGGUAGAAUCAUCUACACAGGAGAAAAUGCUUGAAGAGAAGCACAAGGCCAAGGAAGCUUCUCGCAGAAUGGAGGAUGGUUAUUUUGAUGACUUCGACGAGGACUUCGAUGAUGACAUGAUGGACGACCUGGAUGGUCUGGAAGAAAGGAUCCCCGGCGUCAAUGCAGAUGCUGAUGAUGACGAUUUUGAUGAUUUCUCUCUUUCGCGAAACAUCAACGAGCCCAAGUCCUGGGUUAUCCCGGGAUUGUCACCCGUAGUUGCUAGCCCGGUCACUGCUGCACCGCCAGAGCCCACAAACACCUCUCACUCUGCCUCUCAUCUCUCUGAGGCUACACAAUUAGACGAUGGCCCCAACCCACAACUGCCAGAGGAACAACCGUCCCUAGUUGCCACAACUGAUGCGACAUCAACCAUUCCCCAGGCUCCGCUUGCGAAACAAGCGGCCCCAAUCCUUGACGAUGAUGAUGAUCUUUAUUUCGAUGACGGCGAUUUCGGGAAUCUUGAUGGCGACAAUCAAGAUGGUGGAUUUGAUGAAUCUAUAUUUGAUGAUGUAAACAGUCAUUUAUACGAACGAAAGCCGGUCGGUGGCCCUGUGGCACCUUUACCAACGGACAGUGCUGCUCCAGGCGAGGAUGACUCUUCGGCAGGGAAAGAAAGCCCAGUGGGAGAAAGGGGAGACCAAGGUCUGCAGCACAUGCCCAGUGUGGCCAGUGACUACCGGGUCACAGGAUCGGUCAAGCGUGGUCCCCUCGGCGAGCCAAUACCAAACAUGGGCCCUGUCCGUGCCCAUGGUGGUGGUGUGCUCACAGAGCAAAAUCUAGAUAUCUUGCACCAUGCUCUUGCUUUCGCGGCCAACGAAGCAUCAUAUAGUGCGCGCUUUGAGCGCACGUUCAGCACAAGCGAACGAUCGCAGGGACAAGACAGCGCAGCUCAAACAUCGCAGACGAUAGAGUCACAACCGGGUCUGGUUUCUGAUGACAGCCGGAUUAGCCAAGCUGCGGAUGCCAUGGCCUUCGAAGACGUCUUUGAUAAUCAAGUCUACGAUGAUCAGUUCUACGAUGAUAACGAUGAUUCGUACUUCGACGACGCAAUCGUUGCUGCUGCUAACGCUGAAGCUCUUGAGAACGAUGACGAUGGCUUCUACGGCCAAGAGUUCGGCUUCUACGCACAAGCAGACGGCAACGGCGCCUCUGAGCUAACCAACGGUGGAUACUUUGGUCCGCGACGGGUCGAAGGCAUCACACGGAAUCACAGCAGCCGCGGUAAAUUCCAGGAGCCCAGCUUGACCCCUAUCACUGAACGGAGUGAAUGGAGCACACGCAACUCUAUGAUCUCAGUCAAGGCCCACGGCGGUACCCAUCCAAAUUCAGCUCUAGCGAGCCCUGGGCUGGCGCAGCUGGUUGACAUGGGCAAUCUCGACGACGAAAUGUCGCUGAGCGCACUCAUGAAGCUACGCCGGGGAGCCUGGGGUGGGAGCAACGGUAGCCUGCGCAGCAGUGCAGGUAGUCCACCACCACAUACGCUCUCACCCUCCCACCGUGCCAGCUUGAAUGGUGCCGAAGCAAGCCCGACAGUCUCUGAAGUGAGGCCUUUCAGCUCUGAUGAGGUGGCCUCGAAUAAUGUCGCCUAUUUCCAUGACGACAGCCACCCACGGACUGCUUCACCGUUGUCGGGCCGGCCAGAUUAUGAAGAAGUUCCCUCCAGCGGACCUCAGCGACUUAAUGUCUUAUAA